AUGUCCGCCUACGACAAGAAACAGCCCAACCUCUCGAAAAACAGUCUAAAGCAGGAUGGUUAUUCUAUAGAUGGUGAAGCAACGGCUACUUGCUAUUGUGGAGCUGUACAAUUAGCCUUUCCAACAAAUGCUCCAGGUCUCAUAGAUGUCUUCGUCUGUCAUUGCACUGACUGCCGAAAGAUCACAGCUUCAGCUUUUACAUCCGCAUUCAUUGUGGCAUCUUCCGCUGUCAAGUACAUCCGCGGAGAGGAAGAUCUCAAAAUGUUCUCGCAGUCUCAGACUAUCAGCUCUGGGAAGGCCAUGACGAACUGCUUUUGUGAUACAUGUGGGACCCUCAUGUACAGGCUCAGUGAGGCGCAUCCAGACAUCAGUCUAUUGAGAUUGGGCACGGUGGACGAUUUGAGUUUGAUGGAGGGAGUGCUGAAACCCAGGCGGGAGGUGUUUGUUAAGGAUAGGGUGGAUUGGUUCCAUGGGAUCGAAGGAGUGAGGCAGAGCGAGAUCACGGAGUGA